GUGGGAAUACAAUGGCGUCCACAAAGAACACAUCCACAAGUGCUGGACCAUCUGUCCCCGGGGAUGGACGACCUGCAAAGCAACCUACUCCUCAGUAUAUGCACGCAAAGGGAGCACAAUAGUUUUUGGACUUCGUUGUUCAGGGGGACCUUUUUGGGCCAGUUGUUUUCAUGCGACCCACUUGCGUUACUGACGCUGGGGGAGCGGUCAACGUUGUUCCUCUCGGUACUGUCGUCUCGUCCGCGAAGACUCCUGGAGGUUUGCUCAAGCUGCACACUAACGGCAUGUACGACGAGUGCAGACUGCCUAUCAGAGGUGUUAAAGGUGUGCUGGUGACCAUCAAGAGUUUUGCGGGGUACGGCUCGAACAUGUCGUUGUGCUCUCACUUGAAAGGCCUUUACGAUGGUGGCAGCAAGCGUCUUCCAUCGCCAGAGCAAUAUCUCGAUCUCGCGCUGAAGGUGUCGAAAGAACGUCCGGUUCUUCUGCCAGAGCAUGUUUUCCGGCUUCUUCCACCCCGUGAGGGGUCGUCCGGCUUGGCUCAAGAAACUCCAAGUACGGCAGUGGGGCGCGGGAGUCCGAUUCAAGACGUUGAGGGUCGGGUCAAGGGACGCAGCGUUCACAUGCAGGCCAGCCCGGAUGCUCCUAGGAACACGUCGAACUUGCAUUCUCUGGGUACAGGGACUCAACGGGUCGGUACUGCAAAACUUAUCAAGGUCCGCUGCGGCGCCGACACGUAUUCGCUUCGAGAUGAGACGAGAAGAGAUUCAAGCAGAUCAGGGCUAGAUGUUGGAGGGAAUGAGGCUGAAGGGAUGGGCGCUGUCCGCGAAAGCUCUGGCGGGGAGCAGACUCCCUCGGAGAAGAAGUGCGAGCGACAGAGGAUGGUGCGAGAGGAGGUGGCGGAAGGAACCCUCCGCAUGAAGAGGAUGAGAGGAAAACCAGAGGCAGAAGAGGGUGGGACGGCAAGUAAGAAAGCGAGGAGGCCCGGCGGUUUGACCAUCCACGAAGGACAAGCCGCGGGUGGAGGAGAUUCGGUUGAUCCAGGCGCUGCGACCGCCAGAGAAAUUUCAAAAAAAUCGAAACGGAAAGUGGCAGCUGAAGAAGGCGAUGGCGAGAAGAAAACUCAAAGGCGGAAGACUGCUGAGGCGGCGAGCGGUGGCGAAGGGCCUGUCGGUAAGGAGUACGACGAAGCCGCAGCGUUCUGGCUCGAAUACGAGCGAAACGAUGUCGGUGAAAUCGUGGAGAAGGAGCUCCCCGUCCAACUGCUCAUCGACCCCAAGAAGGUCUGCGAGAUCUCGGCUUGGGAAAAAUAUUACAACCACCGCAGUCUGAGUCGUGAAACUGUGGACGACAUCAAGGGUACGAUGCUGAGUCAAUUCCGCGAGAAAAAGGGGAAGAUCUGGACGAAAAACCCUCUGGUUUUGGCACCCAUCUACAAGUCGGUGACGCGUAGGCCGGAGAGAGCUGACAGGGUUCACAAAGAUGUCUUCAAGCUAGAGGACAAGGACAAGUACUACUAUUACCCUGUUAACAGACAACACGCCGUGGCUGCUGUGAAGGAAAUGGAGGGUGAGCCAAUAUUCCAUUUGUGGAAGAUGCACUCGUGGCCGGCGAGAGUAGUGUGGUUCUCCGACCGAGAUUUCGCUGGGUAUAGACAGGUGAGUCUCAACGAGAACACGAGACACAAGAUGUCUAAGCAGCGAUUGCAGAAGGCCGCGUUCUUGGAGAUGCGGGAGGCAUGGGAGAAUGAAGGAAGGCCGGUGGCCAUUCAAGGGAACCCUUCCGGCAAGGAGGCCGAAAAACAAAAGUUCUUCGAUUUUCAAAAGCUGAUUUUGGGAAAGAGUCCGAACGGAGCUCACUGGACGUUGGCACAAAAAGAUUCGUCGCUCGCCGACAAGGAGUAUGUCGCGGCAGUUGGCAAUGCAUUGAGGCAGUGGAUGCCACUCGUGACGGCCGGUGACGACGUUUUCCGCAAAGCCAUGGAAUUCUACGCGAAAUGGGCGGAAGGGAAGUUGUUGGGCGGCGACGGCAAGACACCAUUGUCGAGGCCGGGCAAAUACAUGCCAGACAAAUCUCCAGGUCUGCAAGAAAUUCCGGAAAUGGGCUCGAAAGGGGCGGCUGGUGAAACGAAGAUGGGGUGGCUGGUCCGGGUCCCGCCGCCUCCGACCAAAAAGAAAACGCAAACGGACGACAAAUUUUUCGUGGUCGUGAAGGAGCCAGACAUGUUUUGUUGGCAGUGUCUCGCCAACAUGACCGAUGUCGAGAAACUGUCGAUCCUUGACGACAUUCUCGCGCUAAGGGGAGUGUUCGUGCAAUCCGCGGGCGGCCGUCUGAAGCGUCAGCACAAACCAGGAAUUAAAGAUAUGGUCGCGACGAGGAAAGUGGACCGUGUGAUGCUCCGUGUGUUCCACUACAUCUUGUUCCUUGAAACAAAGGAGGACGAACGUGUUUGGCGCCACGGGAGCCCUUUUUUUCGGACCGAGGGGAAGCUUCUGGAGGAGUACGGGCCGCAAGGCCUCACGAAACAGGUGUGGGUCGAAAUGCGAAAGCAUUUCCAGGGCGCAGUGGAGUACGUGAACACUUGCAAACGUACUCUUCCGCACGAGAAGGAGUCCCUCGACGACGCGAAGAAAUUGUACGAUGAUGACAAGUUCCCUAAAUCUUUCGAAAAGUCUGUCCCAAUAAAGGAGGCCGAUGGCAAGUGGAGUGGACUGAAGAGACUGGGAGCGGAUGCAUUUAAGAGAAAGGCAAGAACUGCUCUGGUGGAGCAUUUGAGUCUCAUGAACCUCGAGAGGAACGAUAAGGACGUCGAUGCGUAUGCAGAACAAAAGCUACAUGAGUUGUACGCCAACAACAUGUUGGAGUUUCGAGCGCCUUUCUACGCACUCGAAACGGCACCGUCUCAUGACAUUGACUGGCGCAUGCCGCCACCUCCGCCGGCCGGUCAGUAUCCGGGAAGGGGUGGUGGAGGAGACGAAGGAGACGGCGGAGGUGGCGGAGGAGACGACUCACAGUUUGCUGGAAAGGGGACGGGCGAGACAUCGUCGGUUGAGAAGGCGUCCGGCGGAAAGGGGUCGGAUGGAAAGGGGUCGGGCGGGAAGAGGUCGGGCGGGAAGGGGUCGGGCGGAAAGCGUAGAACGUCCGGGAGUCCCCAGUAUAUGGAAACUGACCCCCACUGCUUAAGGAGUCGAGAUUCCGACAUGCGAGACGAGGCCACCCUGACGUCUGAUCAAGUGCGAGCAGAUUCGCACUUGUCUGCGAGGAGUUUGUUUCUCGUUGCCCAGGAAAGUCCAUCCCGCCGUGCGCAGCAGAGGUCUCCUGUGCUCAACACCUUGCUCCUGAAAGAGGGCACGUCUUCGUUUUGCCUUGAGGGCGGGAUGCCUGCAUUGCGAAGGAGCGAAG